AUGUAUUUGUUGAAUGGUCUUAAUGGAAAGUAUGAUAAUAUUAUCAAUGUCAUCAUGCACAGACAACCCUUUCCAACCUUUGAGGAGGCACGUUCGAUGUUGAUUCUAGAAGAGGAUCGCUUGGGCAAAGGCAAGAAAACAACCGCAACCAACAACGAGUCUUCUUCCUCGACAAAAGUUCUUGCUGUCACUGCCUCCACACCAGAACACAGGAGCUCUUCUCACGGUGAUCAACAACAACAACAGUUCUCUAACAAAGGACGAGGCCGCAACCGAGGCAGAGGGAGACACAACAACAACAGUCAUAGGUCGCAGUUCCAACAAUGGAACACACCCUUCCUCCACAACCAUACGCUCAACAAGGUCUCCUCGGACCACGACCACAACAACAACAAUGGCGGCAACCAGAGAUUCGAGCCAACAACGGACUUUGCCUCAGCUUUUAACACCAUGACUCUCAUCGACCCCAACGACAGUCAGUGGUACAUGGACUCUGGCGCCACGGCUCACCUCAGUAACACCGCAGGAUCUUCGAACACGGAAGACUCUUCUCCACAGUGA